AAUCAUUUUCCCACCCCUAUCAUUACUUCGCUGAUAAGGGUUUCUUUUCUUAGUAAUUCUGUUAAAAUGCUUUCCCUUCCACCCCCACCCCCACCACCACCAUGUACACCACCAUCCCAGCAGCAAGCAGCUGCCUCUCCUCUGAAACAGAUUAUUAUUACCUCAAAAGAUGAACAUCUUUUCCCAUCAGAGCUGCCACAUAGCUGCAAGAGACAACUGGGAGGCUACUCUAAACUCCAGAGACCAUGCAGGACCAAUCCCCUCAUCUGGUGCGGAUCAAUCUUUUGCUUGAUAUUCAGCCUUCUCCUCAUCUUCUUUGGCAUUGCGACUCUGAUCAUCUUCCUUGACAUAAAACCAAGAAUUCCUUUGUUUGACACCCCCUCUGCAAGCCUUAAAGUGGUCUACAUGGACUCUCCUCAGUUUCUAAACAGUGAUUUUACAUUUACAGCCAACUUCUCCAACCCAAACCCAAAACUUGAUAUCAGUUUUGACUAUUUAAGCAUUGAGCUGUACUCUUUUGACACUCGGAUUGCAGCUCAAGCUCUUCAACCUUUCACUCAAAGACGAAAAGAAACAAGGUUAGUUGCUGUUCAAAUGAUAUCAAGCCUGGUUUAUAUGCCACCCACUCAUGCUUUUGAACUUCUAAGGCAAGUGCAGAACAACAGGGUUGUGUAUCAUAUCAGAGGAACUUUCAGAGUAAGGUUUAGUCUAGGUGUAAUUCACUUUUCGUAUUGGCUGCAUGCUACAUGCCAGCUAGAGCUCACAAGCCCACCAACAGGCGUUCUUGUAGCUCACAGUUGCAGUACCAAAAAAUGACAAGACACAAGAGUCUGUCCUUUUGUAUCAGCUCCUUGUGUCUUCCCAUCACAGAUGAUGUUCAUCCACUCUGCAUACCACUAUUACAGGUAGAAGAAUUUUCUAUGGGUUGUAAUUGUGAACAUCCAUUCAGCUUCUUGUUUCUUUACAUCAUAGAUGAUGCACAUCCCUUCUGCAUACCACUAUUGCAGGUAGAGGAAUUUUCUAUGGGUUGCACUAAUGUAUAAUCACAGCACUGGAUGUAGAAAAUGGGCUCCAUUGAAUCUGAUGGCUUGCAUCAUUACAUGUAA